CCCUCUCUCUCUCAGUCGUAUCCUUUUCUACUCUCUCUCUCUCCCUCUCGGUCGUAUCCUUUUCUACUCUCUCUCUCUCUCCCCACUAUCUCUGCAAAUCAGCACAUUCGAGCAAAAGACGCUCGAACAGGUGUCCUCUCUUGCAAACCUCUUAGGGUUCGAAAACCCCCAAAGCCCCCAACUCCGACUUCAUAUCAAUCCCCAAAACGCACCUUUUACCCUCUAGGGUUCGUUGUUUUGGAUCAUUUCUUCUUGGGGAUUUGUGUAUUCAGAUAAGGCUUAUUGGUUCCUAGCUCUGAUUGAUCGAUUCGCCGAUGGCUUCGUCUUCGUCUUCGUCUCCGUCAUCAACGGCUGCGAAUCGGGACGGUUCUGCUUCAGCUGCCGAGGACGAAGCCGUCAUGUCCGUGACCCGAGCUUUUGCGCAGGAUGCGUUGCUGCAAUUCCAGUCGGGAUUUUACUUCCCAAAGACAACAUGGCAACCCCUACUGAAGAGACAAUUGCUGCUCCUAUUCAAGACAAAAUGGCCUCCCCCAUGGAAGAGUCGAUGGGCGCCCGCGUUGAAGAGUCGUAGUCCGCCCGCGUUGAAGAGCCGUGGUCUGCCCCCGUUGAAGAGCCAAUAUCCGCCCCAGCCGAAGAGCCGAUAUCCGCGCCCGUUGAAGAGCCGAUGGCCGCCCCCGCUGAAGAGCCGAUGGCUGUGCACGCUGAAGAGCCGAUGGCUGCCCCCAUUGAAGAGCCGAUGGCUGCCCCCGUUGAAGAGCUGAUGGCCUCCCCCGUUGAAGAGCCCAUGUCUACCCAUUAUGAAUAGGCGAUGGCUGCCCAAUUUGAAGAUCCGAUGACUGCCCACUUUGAAGAGCCAUUGACCACUCCUAUUAAUCACAAGAGGGCCACCCCUGAUGAAGACAUGAUGGAAACACCUGAUGAAGAAAAGAUGCUACUGCUGACCCCAUUUGAAGAUAAGACUGCAACUCCUUAUGAAAACAAUGAGGUGGAAAAUACAGAAACACAGCCUAACAAGUGCAGGAAAAAGAAGUCAAUUGUCUGAGGGCAUGCUGCAAGCAGUGUAAGCAAAGUUUUGCUUACAGUACGGGUUCAAAAGUAGCAGGUACCAGCCACCUCAAACACCACAUUGCGAAGGGGACCUGCCCAGCACUUUUUCGUAACCAGAACAACAAUCAGUCUUCCCCAUAUACCCCAGCUUCAAGGGGUGGCAUCUCUUCCAAUCCACCAAAAAGGCGUUACUGGAUUGCUAACACACCCCAAAUUAUAUUUGAUCCAGACCGUUGUCGCCAUGAGAUUGCAAGGAUGAUCAUCAUGCAUGACUACCCCCUGCAUAUGGUUGAGCAUCCUGGGUUUGUAGCUUUUGCACAGAAUCUUAACUCACAGUUCAACAUGGUGAGCUUCAAUACUGUUCAAGGAGAUUGUGUUGCAACUUACCUAACGGAAAAGCAAAGUGUCACCAAGUUUAUUGAGGGCAUACCUGGACGUGUCUGCCUUACUUUGGACAUGUGGAGUUCCUCUCAAAGCGUGGGUUAUGUGUUUAUUACUGGGCACUUCAUUGAUGCUGACUGGAAGUUGCAUAGGCGGCUGCUCAAUGUAGUGAUGGAACCAUAUCCGGACUCUGAUUCUGCGCUUAGUCAUGCUGUUGCUGUUUGCCUUAAUGAUUGGAGUUUGGAAAACAAGUUAUUUUCAGUCACUUAUGAUCAGCCACUGAGUGAGACUGCUCUUGAAAAUUUAAGGCCUCUCCUUUCAAACAAGAACCCACUUAUCCUCAAUGGUCAACUAUUGGUUGGGCAUUGCAUGGCCCGUACUUUGAACAGCAUUGCAAAAGAACUGUUAGCAGCAGGAAGCGGUGUAGUAAAAAAAGUCUAGGAUAGUGUAAAGUAUGUGAAGACAUCAGAGUCCCAUUAAGAAAAGUUUCUGGAGCUUUAGAGUCAGCUCCAAGUCCCAAGUGAAAGGAGCCCAUCAAUUGACGACCAAACUAAAUGGAACACAACAUAUCAAAUGCUGGUGGCCUGUUCUGAGUUAAAGGAAGUUUUUACUUGCUUGGAUACAUCUGAUCCUAAUUACAAACAAACCCCGUCAAUGGAAGACUGGAAGCAAGUUGAGACUAUCUGCACAUAUUUGAAACUUAUCUUCGAUGCGGCCAAUAUCCUUACCACUACACUAACCCAACUGCAGUUACUUUCUUCCAUGAAGUGUGGAGGAUUCAGACUGAUCUGACUAAGACGGUCGCAAGUGAGGAUCCCUUCAUUAGCUGCCUAACUAAGACAAUGCAAGAAAGAAUUGAAAAAUACUGGAAGAAUUGUAGCCUGGCUUUGGCAACAGCAGUAGUUAUGGAUCCCAGGUUCAAGAUGAAGCUUGUUGAGUUCAGUUUCAACAAAAUUUCUGGCGAAGAAGUUCCAAUGCAUAUCAAGGUUGUCGAUGACGGAAUUCAUGAGCUCUUUCAUGAAUAUUUGACACUGCCUUUGCCUCUCACACCAACUUAUGCAGACAAAGGGAAUAACAACAUUAAGAUAGAGGAUUCCCAAGGUGGAGCUAUCCUAACAGACAACGGACUCACAGACUUUGACAUGUACAUCAUGGAGACUACCAGCCAACAGAUGAAGUCAGAGCUGGAUCAGUAUUUGGAUGAGUCUCUGCUGCCCCGAGUUAAUGAUUUUGAUGUGUUAGGCUUGUGGAAACUGAACAAGAUGAAGUACCUGACGCUCUCAAAGAUGACUCGAGACAUUUUGUCAAUUCCGGUAUCUACAGUUCCUACCAACUCUGUCUUUGAUACCACGGUCAAGGAGAUGGAUCAGUACAGGAGUUCCCUACGACCAGAGACGGUUGAAGCCCUCAUAUGUGCCAAGGACUGGAUGCAGUGUGGAUCAGUAGAUGCGUCCACAGCACUUGUCAGAAUGGAAUAUUAGAUGGUAGGUCUCUUCCACCGACACGCGGAUGAAUGGGAAGUUGGCCGCCGGGAAGAUGUAUGAUGGUAGGUGUUUGUAUCAUUUAACCUAGUUUAUUUCAACCAGUAGGAGUUUAUCUUUUGUACUAUUUUUAAGAGGUUGAGUGCUCGGACGUGAAUAUUUAGCCUUAAUUUAUGGUAGUCUUAAAAUUUAUGA